AUGGUGACUAUGAACUACGACUACACCAAAGGUCAGAUGAUCGGUCUGGCUGUUGGCUUCAUGAUUAUUCCAACGGUCUUCUACGGGCUCCGCAUAUGGGCCAAACUCCUCGUCAAACGAUUCGCGCUGGACGAUUAUCUAACGGGAGCAGCGCUUACUAAGUUUGCGCUGAACAUGAUAUCCAUCCUGGGCCUUGGCCUAGUCAAGUCCUCAAUCCUCGUACAAUACUACAACCUAUUCCCGAGCAAGAUCUUCCGCUAUGUCGUGUCGGGCUCGCUGGCUUUCGUCAUAGGGUGGACCAUCAGCUUCUUCUUCUCGCACCUGUUUACCUGUUACCCCAUCACCGUUUUCAUCGAGCCAUUUUAUGGGCAUUCAUGCGUGAACACGAUUCCCAUGUUUCUCGCAUUACUCUUCACCGAUGUGUUUGCGGAUUGGGCAAUAUUAUUACUACCGGUGCCGAUGGUUCUCAAGGUGCAACUGCCCUGGAAAAAGAAACUUGCAGUGAUAGGCAUGUUGGGCUUGGGCGCUGCGGUAUGCGCAGUCAGCGUCACCAGAGUGAUCGCCACGUACGCAAUCGCAGAAGAGUUCAUCAAGCAUCCGAACGACCAGUUAUUCUACACCGCGCCGGUAUUCUUCUGGACCAACAUCGAGCUGUCCCUGGCCAUAGUGUGCGCCUGCCUCCCGACAUUGCGACCCAUCUGGUCGCACUUCUACCCCAAGCCCGAGGCCACAGGUACAUCCGACUACGAGUACGGGUCCUCGCGCCGCAUGGGCGCCGUCAAGAACAGCAUCAAGUAUGGCAGCAGCCGGAAGCCGCCGUAUGAGGAGCUCGAUGAGCUCGAGUUGACCAUGUACGACCAGAACCAGACGGUUGGUCGGACGGUGUCGCCUGAGGGGAAGGACAUCGUCAAGCAGACUACGAUACAACAGACCAUUGGACCGGCGGGGAGCUCGAGCACCGCCACCCUGAGAGAGAAUACAUUUCUGGAUUGA